AUGGAUCCGAUUUUUAAUGACCCCAUACAUUUUUCUGAAGGGAUAAAUAUAAGGAACUUGCUGACAAUGCCUACUGAAGUAAAACUAGAGUUCAAGAAGAAGAAAGAUGUGCUGAAUGAUGAUGAUAUCGGGUUAGACCUGGAGGACGAAGACAGUAGUGACGAUGACGUUCUGGCCACAAUAGAAGAACAGGUUGACAAUUUACUCCUCGCGUCUCCAGAAUACCAUACAUUUGAACAGCUCGGCAGCAAGAUGACAGAUUGUGUGUGCCCAACGGGAGGAGUGAAGCUUCUGAUCAUUGAAGAAGGACAAGGACCUUUAAUAUCACUGGAUGCUGAAGUAACAUAUCAUUACGCUGCUUACUGGGAAGGGGCUAAGCUGCCUUUCGAUUCUACCCUCACCAUGAAUCAAGGAAAACCAUUGCGCCAAAGAGUCGGUAUGGGAAUGCUUCCAGGCAUCACUUUCGGUUUCCUAAACGUCCGUGGACCUACUGCUAGAUUCUUCCUCCUGCUGCAACCGAAUGUGGCAUACUUGGACUGUGGAGUUCCACCGAGGAUCAGACCCUCAGAGCCAGUACUCUUUGUCGUGAUGCUGUAUGAUGUGAGGAACCUUCAAGCUGCUGCAAGGUUCAACGACCUACCGAAAGCUGUGCAAGCAAAAUUCGAUGUAGCAAUGAAUGCCAUUAAAGAUAUUAGAGAAGAAGGAAAGGAUCUCUUCAAACGGCAGAAGUUUAAAAGAGCGAUCAAGAGUUAUGAACACGCUAUAUCUAUAAUAAGACUGACUGAGGCAGAGAAUGAAGCAGAAGAAGCAGAAAUAAGAAACAUAAAAGUUAAAAUUUUUGUUAACUUAGCCGUUUGUUACUACAAAAUUGAUAAACCGAAGCAUGUUAUUACGAUGUGUGAGAACAUUGAUAGAUACAUUGACAUCAAUACACAUUGUAAAGGUCUAUUUUACUAUGGAAGAGCAUACGAAAUGCAAGGUAAAGUAGAAGACGCGAUAAAAUACUACAAGAAAGCUUUAAAAUUGGAACCGAAGAACAAAGAAAUCGGGGCAACGUUGUCUCAGUUGGAUGAAAGGACAAAAAAAUCGGUUGCAAAUGAGAAAUUAAUGUGGCAGAAAGUGUUUAAUAAAGAAGAUGUUAAAGAGAAAGCUGUAUAUGUUGUUGAUGAGGAUUUUAAAAGUAGUGUCCUUGAAAUGUGUAACGAUUUGUCUGAUAGAAAUGAGUAUGCUAAGUUUGAUUUACCCGUUGGAUUGACUAAAGAUGAAGUGGAUUGUAUCAAGUCAUUAACAAGUCAAUUCAAAGGUCUGGUUUUUACAUUCACAGAUAGGAAAAUGUUGCGGUUUUUAUUUUUCGCUGCGUUCCUGCAGUGUACGAUAUCCCAACAAUAUCAGCAGAAAGUAGCACCUGGAGUACCUCCUCAAAACUAUCAAAAUUAUCAGCAGCCCCCACCUCCGCCUCCUCCACAGCAGCAGCCACAAUACCAGCAGCAACAACAGUACCAACCCCCUCCGCAACAACAACAGCAACAGCAGCAAUACCAACAAAUGCCACCUCCCCAACAACAACAACCACCUCAACAGCAGUUUGCUCAACAACCACCACCGAACUACCAGCAACAGCCUCCCCAACAACAACAACAAGGUCAUGGACACAAUCAUCAGGACCCUCAGCUGUUAAACCCCGCCAACAUUGCACAAGAAAGAGACCAUAUUCAAGAGCAUAUGGAAGUGCCCAUAGACACGUCCAAGAUGUCGGAGCAGGAGCUUCAGUUCCAUUACUUCAAGAUGCACGACGCUGAUAAUAACAAUAAACUUGAUGGGUGUGAGCUCAUAAAGUCUCUUAUACAUUGGCACGGGCAAAUCGACAAAGAUCACGCGGUCUACCCAGACGAUCAAUUGGAAGAAGUACUGGCAUUAGCUCUAAGUCACACCGACUUGAACGACGAUGGUUAUGUUGAUUAUACAGAAUACAGAUUACAAGAUUAUAAAGCUAAGAAGGCUAGACUUGAAAAAGAAACGCCAGGUCUUAAAUAG